AAACCGGUGACCCUAUUCUGGAAAUAGUACUUGGGUCAAAGAUUCAAAUUAUGAGGAGAAAUUAGAAAACAAGUAGAUCUUUGAGGAUGGGCGUGCAAAAUAUAUAUUUUGCUCUUUUUGCAUUUGUAGGGUUUUAGGAAAAUUCUUCUUCACUGUUUCGAGUUCCGACGAACAACACUUCCAACCUCGGCGGCAGCUAUGGCGGAGAACCAAACCUAUUUCUUUUACUGACUCUUACUUUUGGUUUCUUACUGUCUUCCCCGGUGGCUUCGUGAGUGGGUUUUCAGAACCUGAUUUUGUAGAUUUUUAUUUGCGACUUGUGUCUUUUUCUGAGAGUGUCUCCUCUGCAAAAUCGACCCGUCGUGCUCUCUCCAUCGAUUUCCAGAUAUAAUGUUGAGGCAAGUGGUUGCCAAGUAUUCGAUCGGUAAAGCUGUGAUUUAUGGAAGUAACAGGGAAAAGCUUAGACCUUUCCUCUGCCAAACCAGUUGUGGGUUUCACACUGGACGGACUGUUUUUGCACCAAGAAGCUUCUUUGGUGUAGAAGAUUACGUGGACGAUGACACAAGCCGGCCGUACACAUACCAGAAAGAGAAGAAGUCGAAGAAUCCAGACAAACAUGUGUCAUUCAAGCAACGGACAGUGGCAUACAUGGAGCCUUUUACCCUGGAUGUCUUAAUCUCGAAGCGAUUUGUUUCAGCAUCUCUGACGCACCGUGUAACAUGUAGGCAAGUCGCUGUAGCGGGAACAAACUCUAAAGACGUGAAAGCUGUUCUGAGAUCAAGAUGUGAUAUCCCGGCAUGCAUGUCCAUAGGGAGGAUCUUGUCGGAACGUGCAAAAGAGGCUGAUGUUUACACGGCUUCUUAUACGCCGAGGGACCAAGACAAGUUUGAAGGGAAAAUUAGAGCGGUUGUCCAGUCGCUUAUCGAUAACGGCAUUGAUGUUAAAAUUUACCUCGACUAGAUGAAACAAACGUUUUGUGUCAUUCAACCAGAAACAAACUAAUCUUGCGAAACAAAUAAUAUAUGACAAAGUCUGUUUGUGAAACUGGAAUCAUAAUCGCUCAUCAUUCAUGCAUCAAGUCGAGAAGAAUAUUAAAAAAAAAAAAAAAAAGCGGAGGAGGAACAU